UAACGCCAUCACUAAAGAACUGCAAUUUUAAAGAGAGAGAGAGAGAGAGAGAGAGAAUUGGCCAGGAAAUGAUGAGUAACAAGGAGGGGAAGUCCUCGUGAACACGAAAUGCUGCUGGAGCUGCGUGAUGUGUCCUAACUCGUUAGCUUUGUCCUCUCCUUGAGCGAUAGAGGCGAAUCCCCAGGGCACAACAUCUGAACCCUUUGCGGGACAGCUGUCACCGGGUACCGCAGUCAGGGGCUCUCGGGAGCCUCGAUCGCAGCCACCGCCCGCGAGCGGAGGGAGGCCGGGUCUUCGUCGGACGUUCCCAGCCGUUGGCCGAGGCUCCGGGUCGCAGCAGGACGGCCAGCCGGCCCCCGGGGUCCUCACCUGAAACCCCGCCCGCCGGCCGCUCGCGGAAACGCCUCCGCGCGGGGAAUGCCCGUCUGUGCACCCGAGCCUGACCGCUCCCUGCGCCCCGCGCGGCGCCUCCCCCCGCCCCCCCCUGCCCCGGGCGCUCCCCGGCCGGGCUUCCCCCUGCGCCCCGGCCCCGGGACGGUCUCGGGGAGCCGCGGCGGGGCGCGCGCAGGUGCUGGGAGACUUCCGGGGCGCGGGGAGCUCCUUCGCGGGCUGGCGGGGCCCGGGGAGGGGCCAGGCGGCGGUCACUCCUCCCGGGCCCCGGGGCGGCGGCGCUGGCGCUCGAGGAGGCUCUGGCGGGCCGGCGGGGCGCUCCGCAGCCAUGAAGGGGCCCUGGGCCGUCCGUUGGCUGAUACUUACCUCUGUUGCCGGAUCGCUGUUCAGAGGCGACAGUGCUCAGGUCACCGAUGUCAACUCCAAGGUGUUGAAAUUGAGUAAGAACGCUACCGAAGGGGAGCCUGGAUGCAGGGAAGGUCUGCAUCGUGGGAGCAAGUUCUGCUGUCUGCCAUGCCCUCCUGGCACACGAAAAGCUGCCGACUGUGAAGAAGAUGGGGGUAGACCGUCCUGUGUACCCUGUGAAGAAGGGAAGGACUACACAGACAGGAGCCAUUUUUCUCCCAGAUGCAGAAGAUGUAGAAUUUGUGAUGGAGAGCAUGGCUUAGAAGUGGAAAAAACCUGUACCCGGACCCAGAAUACCAAGUGCAGAUGUAAAUCAAACUUUUUUUGUAACGUCUCUCUGUGUGACCACUGUAACCCGUGCAUGAUGUGUGAACAUGGAAUCCUUGAGAAUUGCACACCAACCAGCAACACCAAAUGUAAACAAGGAUCCAGCUCCAAACUUCUGUGGCUUUGUGCCCUGCUCCUGAUUCUUCCAUUCGCACUAGUAUGUUGCUGUGUGUUGAAAAAGUACAGGAAUACGAAGAAUGGCCGCCGGGAAUCUACAGUCUCAAUUACUGAAAGUAUGCCAAUGAAUUUCGCAGACAUCGACUUGAGUAAAUACAUCAGUAGCAUUGCCGAACAAAUGAAAAUAACUCAAGUCAGAGAAUUUGUCCGCAAGAAUGGUAUCAACGAAGCCAAAAUAGACGAGAUCAAGAACGACAACCUCCAAGACACAGCUGAACAGAAAGUCCAACUGCUCCGGAAUUGGUACCAGCUCCACGGGAGGAAGGGCGCAUAUUACGCUCUGGUGAAAGGUCUCAGGAAAGCCAAUCUCUGCGCUCUUGCCGAGAAAAUUGAAGAUAUGGUCCAGAAGGACAGUGCGAGCUAACUUGAGAAUGGAAACUGCAAACACGAAAAUAAAAGACAAAGCCUGGCUGAAUGUGAAAAACAACUCAGUUCUGAGUAUCUACUGAUCCAUAGAGAGCAGAAUGAGUGUCAGAAUGAGUUCUUAAUCGCUGUUGACCAUCCACACCGUUCGCGUGUUUACAGGGCGUGUUUACUUUUUCAUUCGUUAGGUUCUAGAGCUAAUAUAUUUACGGGUUUGGAGGGUCUCAUGAUUCUGACGUGAAGGACAUUGGGAAGACAGAGCCGGUUCAAAGUAAAUAUAGUAGCAUGACUUGUGUACAAGUGUGUGUGCAGAGGAGAAAAGAUUGGGAACACACUCUCGGGUCUAAACUCGAGUCAGAGGGUGUGGGUGUGAAUAGCAUCCGUGCAUGUGAAUGCAAAUGUCUAUCCCUAGGUUGAUUCCCCUCCAUAAAUCAAUAGAAGCUAUGAGUUUGUUGCGAUGUCACAAUCACUGAAAAGACCACUUCGCCUGUACCUUUUCCUCCGUACUGACUCUAGAGAUCCUAUUGUUUUUGUAAACUUUCCACUCCGAGAAGAAUAUUCGAGGAAAGUUUGCAUGUGCUCUGAAUGUUUCUAUCUCAAAUAUCUUUGUACAGGUUACUGGCAUUUCCUUGUGAGGUAUUUCCAUGUUGAAUUCACACAGAAAAUGCAGACUGGAUUAUAA